GUCACUUUGGAAGGUGACCCUAACAACCAUCCUCGUUGGCACCCUGACGGCUGCAUGUGGUGGAAUCCUGAUGGCAUUCCUGGUCCAGCAAGAAGGACCAUUUGAGCACGUGGUGGAGCUGCAAGGGAUCCGCUAUGAGACCAGCUUGCAAAACCUGAGUUCAGAGUACUACCGGACACUGACACCUGUUUUGGAGAGGCUGUUCCAGAGCAGUUUUCCGAGCUCCCCACUGGAAGCCAGGUGCUUGAGGUGCACUAUCCUACAGUACAGGAGAGGCAACAGCAGCGGAGUCCUGGUCCACUUCCGUCUCUGGUUCUCCACGGAGGGGCUGCCCAGUCCGGGAUGGGAGGAGGAGACCCUGAGGCAGGGCCUGGUGUCUGCGCUGGGCCACCAGGGCAUCGCCUUGCCGGGAUAUGGCACCAUCUCUUCAGUUGCCCUCAUCGGGUUAAACCGCAUCUUCCCUCCUGGAACAGCCCUGAAAUCAGGCACGUGCGCCCGGAAGACCUUCCCUUGCCACAGCGGCCAGUGUGUGAAGAAGGAGAACGCGGAGUGCGACGGACGCAGGGACUGCGAGGAUGGCUCCGACGAAGUGCAGUGUGACUGUGGGGCCCGGCCGGCCAUGCAGACAGGGAACCGGAUAGUUGGGGGCUCAGAGGCCCUGCGGGGGGAGUUCCCGUGGCAGGUCAGCCUGAGAGAGAACAACGAACACUUCUGCGGGGCCACGAUCCUGAGCGCAACGUGGCUCGUGUCAGCAGCUCACUGCUUCAAUGACUUUCAGGACCCGGGCACAUGGUCAGCGCAUGCUGGCAGUACCUGGCUGAGCCACCCCGAGAGCAGUGCCGUGAAGGCUGCCGUGGGCCGCAUCCUGAAGCACCCCUCAUAUGACGCGGACACGGCUGACUACGACGUGGCGCUGCUGGAGCUCAUGCAGCCCCUGCCCUUCUCCAGAUACAUCCAGCCUGCCUGCAUCCCGGCCUCCUCCCAUGUCUUCCCUCCGGGCCGGAGGUGCCUCAUCUCAGGCUGGGGCUACCUCCGGGAAGAUGUCUUGGUGAAGCCGGACCUCCUCCAGAAGGCCACGGUGGAGGUGCUGGACCAGGCACUGUGCAGCAGCUUGUACGGAAACAUUCUCACCGAGAGGAUGAUGUGUGCUGGUUACCUGGAGGGCAAGAUUGACUCCUGCCAGGGCGAUUCAGGGGGACCGCUGGUCUGCGAAGAGCCCUCUGGCUCCUUUUUCCUGGCGGGCAUUGUGAGCUGGGGCAUCGGCUGUGCAGAGGCCAGGCGCCCGGGCGUCUACGCACGAGUCACCCAGCUGCGCGACUGGAUCCAGGCCUCCAUGGCCACCCGGGCCCCGGCACUGGUCCCCCUCGCCACCACACCCCGCCGUGAGACCUCCACGGAGGGUGCCAGAUCUGGCUCCCCCACCACCGCAUUCGCCCAGGCCACUGGCAGUCCAGCCAUGGGGGGGAUCCCUGUCCAAGCAUGUGGCCUGAGGCCGGGAUUCUCCAAGCCCGUCAAAAUCGUGGGGGGCCUCAAUGCCUCCUGCGGGGAAGUUCCCUGGCAAGCCAGCCUGAAGGAGGGUCCCCAGCACUUCUGUGGGGCUACCAUCAUCGGGGACCGCUGGCUGAUCUCGGCUGCACACUGCUUCGCCAACACCAAGGUGGAGCACAUGGCCGCCUUCGCCGGUACCACCGCCCUCUCCGCAGUGGGGGGCUCCUCCGUGAAGGUCCGCGUGCAGCGUGUGGUCACCCACCCUGCAUACAACGCCGCCCGGCUGGACUUCGACGUGGCGCUGCUGGAGCUGACCCAGCCCCUGCCCUUCGGCAAGGAGAUCCAGCCCAUCUGCCUCCCGCCCAGCGCCCAGGACUUCCCCGUGGGCCGGAAGUGCAUGAUCUCUGGCUGGGGAAGCCUCCAUGAAGGGAACGUCUCCAAGCCUGAGAUUCUGCAGCGGGCCUCUGUCAGGAUCCUUGACCAGAAGAUCUGCAGCGUUCUCUACAACUUCUCUCUCACCGAGCAGAUGAUCUGUGCGGGGUUCCUCGAGGGGAAGGUCGACUCCUGCCAGGGUGACUCAGGGGGACCCCUGGCCUGUGAGGAGGCCCCGGGCAUGUUCUAUUUGGCGGGUCUGGUGAGCUGGGGCAUUGGCUGCGCGCAGGCGAAGAGGCCUGGUGUUUACGCCCGGAUCAGCAAAGUCAAGGCCUGGAUUCUGGAAACCCUCUCGCCCCAGCCCGGCAUCUUGGCCAGUUCAGCCACCACGUCUAGCUCGUCCAUCCCUGGCCAGAGGACUUCCCAACCAGCCCCCAGUGCCAGGCUGAGCACCCCCUUUGAGACCACGACCAGCCCCUGGAAGGCCACCCAGCAGCCAGCCGUGCCCUGCACCCCAUCCACCUUCCAGUGCUCCAGCAAGGUCUGCAUUGGGAAAGCCAACCCCGAGUGUGAUGGCGUCGCGGACUGUGGCAACGGCCGGGACGAGACCAACUGUGGACGAGCCUUCCCAGAGCUGGCGGGGACUCUUGUUCAGCUGCAGGAAUGUGCCCUGCGGUACAAAGCCAGAGGGGAGAUGAAACUGGGUGUGCGUCCAGGUUGGGGCCCGCCUUUGGCAUGCCCCCCGCCUGCUUCCCUCUCCUUUCCUGCAGAUUGUGGGCUGACCCCGGCCCCGGCCCUUGGCAAGAUCGUGGGGGGCAGCGGUGCAGGCCGGACCGAGUGGCCCUGGCAGGCCAGCCUGCGGCUGCGGCACCGAGACCACCGAUGUGGCGCCGUGCUGGUGGCAGAGCGGUGGCUGCUCUCAGCAGCCCACUGCUUCGAUGCGCACGGCGACCCCAAGCUCUGGGAAGCACAGCUGGGCACCACCUUCCUGAGUGGCCCCAGCGGGCACGUGGAGAGGAUCGCUCAGAUCCGCAAGCACCCGUUCUACAACCUGUACACCCUGGACUAUGACGUGGCCCUGCUGCAGCUGCCCUCGCCCCUGCGCUACUCCAGCACCAUCAAGCCCAUCUGCCUGCCGGACAGCAGCCACGUCUUUGCCGAGGGGAGACACUGCAUCAUCACCGGCUGGGGCUCCACCAAGGAGGGAGGGCUGCUCUCCAAGCAACUUCAGAAGGCAGCUGUCCGGGUCAUCGGAGAACAGGCCUGCCGGCGCUUUUACCCCGUGCAGAUCAGCAGCCGGAUGGCGUGCGCUGGGCUCCCGCACGGCACCGUAGACAGCUGUUCGGGAGAUGCUGGGGGUCCUCUGGCAUGUCAGGAGCCUUCGGGCCAUUGGUUCCUGGCAGGGAUCACCAGCUGGGGCUAUGGAUGUGGCCGACCGCACUUCCCCGGCGUCUACACCAAAGUCACGGCUGUGCGCAGCUGGCUGGGGCAGAGCCUCAAUGUGUGAAGCCGCCAUGGGCCUGGGGAGGACGGACUGCCC